GAUUCUCUCGGCGAGCGACCGGAGUGCCCCUUCCUUCUGCCGCGGACGAGGAGAAGGAAGAAGAAGAAGAAGAAGAAUAAGAGGAGGUGGUGCACAGAAGCAGCGCGAGCCGCUCGUCGGACGUUUCCGAUGGUUGCCGUCCGGUAGGCCCUGCCAGGAGGAUGGGGGCCCACGAUGGGGGAGUGCCACUGCUCUAACAUCACUAUCAUGCAGCUGUUCCACGAGCUGAAGCAGCAGUUCCCCGCGCUCCCUGAUCACGUCGUCUCCCAGUGCAUCGCCCAGAACAGUCACGACCGGGAGACAUGCGCGAGAAGCCUGCGGGCCACCCAGGAGUCCCGUCCGUCACCGGGCGCCUUCCCACCGCCGCCUCCUUGCACCGGGAUACAGCAGCAACCUCAGCAACCGCAGCAACAGCAACCAUCGCGAGCAGCUGGAGCGGAGCAGCGUUGCUGCGCGAUGAACCAAGUGCAGCGCGGCGCCGUCCUCGCCAGCAGCAACGUCGUCGGACGCCCUCAUCGACCUGCAUCGUUGGACAUCGGCAUGACACGCCGCUGCCCCGCUGUCGGCUGCAGCCGCGCAACCGGCGCGACCACGACGGCAUCGUCGUCGGCGUCGUUGAGCGGCGUCGCCACCCCGACGUCUGCGCCGGCCGCCUGCACGUCACGCGGCUUCUUCGACGACUGCACCGUCAAUAGCGUCGGCAACGCCAACGGCAACGCUACGCCCGGUUUCGAGCUCAACGUCAACGUCGCCUGCAGCCCCGCGGGCAAUCGCGAUUUUCGAACGGUACCGACGAUCGGUGCCUGUAAACGAAGCGACCUCGUCGUCGUGCCACGGCCUCAUUACGCCGAGCCUCUGUUAGCCAUUGGGAAGACCGGCGCGCAGAUCGAUCACACGCGAAGCUACACGUCGGUCAGCUUGACCCUAAGGCCGCCCUCCUCCGAGCCGCAAGCACCGAUCGAUAUCAGGUCGGAAGGAUCAAGUCUGACCUAUUCAACCUCGUCCUUGGAUCCGCGCGGCUUUCAAAGCCGCUUGCAGAUCAGCAUCGGCCCUGGGAACGUCGGCAGCGUGGCGGCGGCAAGGAUCAGACCACCCAUUGUCCCGAAUCGGCCUGCCGAUCCGGUCAGACCCAACAGUCUAAUACCACCGACUCAGACGAGUCCGCAGCGGCCGCCUGGAUUGCCACCAGGACCCCCGAGCCAGCUGCCGAGGCCCACGACGACGAUGAGCGCGCCGACUACGCCCUCCACGCCGUCGACAACGAAUAUCGUCCAGACCUGCAGUCUCCCAACGACGCCUUCCGGAGCCGCGAUGAGCGGCGCCUCCUCCGUGCAGCAGCAGCCUCCCUCCAGCUCCGCGGAGAAGCACACGCAGACCGCCUCCGAUCAGAGAUUAUCGCCGUCGAGCCAAGUGGCGGAACACCAAAGGGCAUUGGUCGAGGAGCAACUAAUCAGGAAGGAAAAGCUUGCCAAGGAGCUGAGGAACGAGAAGGGACGACUGGAAGUGAUGAGGAAGGAACUGCAGGCGCUCGCCAGACCGCAGGAUCCUUCGGUAUCUCAAGAGCUGAAGAGAAAGCUGAAGAGCGAGAUAUACCAGCUGCAGAUCGAGUGCGACCGACUCGCCGAUGAGGUAGAUCAAUGGUCGGACACACGAGGUGCACUUGCAGUACCAUUAGGCGAAACCAACGAGGAGUUCUACCAAGGCAUUUAUACCGGUCAGCCGUUGCCGACGAGAGUCCCAGCGAGCUCGAACCCACCGCCCUUGCCGAAUCGACCGCCGGCGUGGCUGCCAGAGCCGCACCCGACGAUGAUCGCGCACCAAGACAACGACCGGGAGGAACGGGACGGGCCGUCGUGGGUCUGCACCAUGUGCACCUUCGACAACCAUCCGCUGAUGAACAAGUGCGAGGAGUGCGACAUGCCGAGGUUGUUGGACAACGGCAGUACAGGGGAGACGCAGGAUAUUCACAUACGGGUCACGCAUCAUCACAAUUUCUCGCCAAGGCACACAAUACACAGUUGGGUGGUAUGAUGUGAGCUGAAUUAGAAACUCAAAGAGAGGACUGUGUGAGUGUACAUAAGUUUAUUUAAAUUAAACAAAUUGUAUAUAUAUAUCUAUAUAUAUCUAUAUAUAUAGGAGCUGAGCGACUGUAAUAGAGAAUGUAUGAUUAAUAUAAUUAUUUAUUUAAUUUUUUAUUUGCGAUGGAGCGCACGUCGCGUUGUUAGAGUCGUUAUAGUUGUUAGCGACCUUGCAUUGCUCCCUAUUUACAUAUCCGCACUAAAUGACUAAUUCGGUUGAAAUUGACAAUUAUAUAUUUGUCUCAGCUUAAAAAGAAAUCUGUACACGUUUAAAUUCUCGCUGUAAUUCAUACGCGUAUCGUAAAAUGGUAUACGCAUCGUCGGUGAUGCAUAGAAGAUACAUUUCGAACGUAUAACAAAACUGCAAUAAAACUUAUCUCUCUAGAUCCAUAUUUGUACAAAAUUAUCGUAAAAUACAAGAUAUUUGUAAUAA